UAUUGCCUUGUAGCAGAAUGAUUUCAUAGUGCCAAACUUGUUUUUCCAGUUUUCUUUGAGCAACCACUGUAUGCCUCAGUCAAAAAAAUGACAUCAGUCGAGGAUUAUCAGAAAAAUUGUAUUUUUUGUAAGAUUUUGGAAAAAGAGGAGCCUUGUGUCAGCAUUUACGAGGACGAAGACGUUGCUUGCAUUAAAGACAUUAACCCAGCCUCAACCCAUCAUUAUCUGAUCAUCCCUAAAAUUCAUAUAGUUAAUGCCAAAACUAUGAAAAAGGAGCAUGAGGAGCUUUAUGAUAAGAUGGUUGCCACUGUUGAGAUAAUUAUUGAAAAACUUGACUUGGAGAAGAAUUCAACUAGGACUGGCUUCCAUUGGCCUCCUUUCACUACUGUUAACCAUUUACAUUUACAUGUAAUUUCACCUAUUGAGAGAAUGAGCUAUAUUAAAGAUUGGAUGUUUAAGCCUAAUUCGAUGUGGUUUGUUAGUACAGAUUAUGUGAAGUCACAGUUCAAAGAUAUGAACAGUUAAUGCUAUUCAUCAAGAGGAUUCAACGAAUUUUAUUAACAUUAAAAUCAAUAAGGCAGUUUCUUCAUUAAAAGUCAUAUUCGUUCAAUCUGUGGGUACAGGAAAUAUGCCUUCAUGGAACAUGCGCUGCCAUUCAGUACCAUUGGGAUAGGCAAAUUUUGUAAGACUAUCAUCUUUAAAUUUUGUGGAGUAACCAGGUUCACUAGGUG